AUGCGAAUAAUCUUCUUCUACAUUAUUAUUGUUUUGAUUUUCUUCGAAUUUUCUGAAGAAUCAAAUCAAAAACAUCAUCAACAUCGAAAAAGGCGAAAACGUCAACCACAAUUUCAAAAUGAAGUUCAUCCAGAAGAUUCUGCCGAAAUAAUUGAUUAUCCAGAUCAGGAAAAUGUUCAACCUGAACUUUUUAAUGAAAUUCAAAACUCUUGGCAAAAUCCUGAUCAUCCAGAAAGGCGACUAAAUCGAUAUUCGAGUUCAGAUGACGGCGAUGAACAAACUGAAUUUGUUAGAACUGAAUUUAGCGAACAAGUUUAUAAAAAAAUGCGGACUUAUGGUAUGUUUUUAAUUUUGCAUGGAUUUUUUUUGCGCGCAGCUGACGAGGUUUGGGGAAAAAUUUGAAAAUAAAUAAUUUAUUGUCUUUGAAAGACCCGAAAAGUGUUCGGAAGUACUUUUUUAAUUGGUUUUCUCCAAAGUCAAAAAUAGUUUUUUUUCUCAACAUUCUAAAAAAUGGCUAAAACUAAAUUUUCUCUCUCAAAAUCUAAUGUUUCUCUGAAAUGUCUUCUUUUUGUCUCAAAGUUCUGUGGGAAAUCUGAAAAUAAAUAAUUUAUGAUCUCUGAAAAAACCAAAAGUGUUCGGAAGUACUUUUUUAAUUGGGUACUCCAGAGAAAAUAGUUUUUUCUCAACGAAAAUGCUGAAAUUCUAAUAUCUUCCUGAAACUUUUCAUUUUUUCUCGACAUUCUGAAUGAAUAGAAAAAGGUGCACCAAAAUAGUACAAAAAAGAGUGAAACAAUUAAAAAUUAAUGAGUUGAGUUGAAAAAACAAAAUAAUUAUAAUGACUUUUCCUUUUUUGCAGUAUUUGUUGAUGUUUUCAAUAAAAGGGACCCUUUUUUUCAAUCAAAAAGAAAAAAAACAAACAAAUAUGAGAUUUUAGGCGGCUUCCAAUACAAAACCUAAUUAAAUGAAUGUUGCUCUGAUGAAUGAAAAAACCUGGAGCUUCGCUUUUUCUGAAAAUAACACAGAUUCUCCUUCUUCUUUUUUCUAAUCUAAUUAUUUUAAUUAUUCGCUUCCACCCGAGCCUUUUUCAAUAUAUUUAUUUUGUUUUGAAUUCUGGGUGUUUUAUUCCAGUGAGCCAGAACUAUAUAUAUUUUUUUCUAAAUUUUUCAAAUACAUUUUUUCGUAGUUUAACUUUGGGAAAUUAUGAACAUUGCACAUGCUCUAAAAAUUAUAAAAAUAAAAUUUUUGUUCCAAAAAAGGUUCAUAUCCCAAAAUUAUCUGAAUCCGAAAACGCUAUAAACUCUGGUUGAUUUUUUUCCUAAAUUCCCGAUACCAUCUGGAACCCUUGAAAUUUUUUUUUCACAAAACUCAAACUCAGAAACGUUCUCCUCGUUUCCCCUCAUUAGUUCAUCAGAAGUGCGAAGUCAAUCAAAAAAUAAAUAUGAGUGGUAUCUGCGUCUCUUCUUUUCUUCACACUCUCUUAUUUUUUCCCGAUGAUUUUGUUAUAAUCAUUUCCGAAAGAAGAGUGGACAUCAUUUUGCAUAUUUUGACAUUUUUUCGAUGAACUUUCUCACGCAAAAAAUAUUUUUUUCUUCACUUUUUUAAACGUAAGAAAAAAACUAGACAAUUAUUAUUUGGUCAAAAAAAGGUGUUGUUUAUUAUUGUCACACCACAAAAAGGUGGCUUUUUAGUAUUUCGAAAGAGAAAAACUAAAUAGACACAAUAGAGACUCUUUUCUUUUUCUUCUUUUUUUCUCGAAAAAAGUUCCAGGUAAAAUACUACCAACUCAUAAUAAUAUAAAUGAGAAUAGGAACCUAUUAUUAUAGACCUUUUUUUAUUUUAUGUUAUGUAUUUGAUCCUCUCAUUUUUAUUCGUUGGGUGGUUAGGAUAUCAUAUGUUUUUGCUAAUUUCCUUUUUUGCCACACAUUUUUUCGAUAUAUUUCCGUUUCAUUUGAUUUCGCGGCACACCGGAAAUUUUCAGAGCCCUCCUCUCAUAUUUUCGCCUCCCGAAAAAGUACAUUUUCAUGACUGAGUCCUCAAAUUUCUAAAUAUGAGAAGAUCUUCUUUUGUUUUCAAUGUGCUUGGAAUUUUUUAGUGAGCUUUGGCAGGAUUUUCUGAUUUUUUUGUUCGUGUUACACCAUAGGUUUACUCAUCCGAAAAAACAAACUUAUCUAGUUGGUUCCUCAAGAAGAAUGCGUGUAAUUGAGCAUGUUUCUUUUUUCCUCUUCUUUUUUCUUCUAAUCGGAAGUCUAAUCUGAUUUUGGUGUAUAUCUCCCAAAAAAACACCAUUGUUUCUCAUUUUCUUUCUCUUUAUUUCAUCAUUUCAUCCAUCUCCGCCCAUUUUUUGUCAGCAUAUCCAAUCGCUGAUUUCUUCCUUCUGUUUCUUUUGUCAAGUGCUUCUUUUCGAGACUCAUGAUUUUUAAUAUUAAUAAUAUUAAUAAAUUCUGAAGUUUUGGUCGAAAAAGUCGAAUGCGCACUUUUUUCCCAUACUUUUCUUAUUUUAUCAAUUAUUCAACACAUUUUUUGCCUAAGAUUUUUCAUAUAAGUCUUAUUAUUCUCCUAGUACUUUCGCAAUUUAUUUGAGUACUUUUGAUGUUGAGAAUUUGAAAUAUUCUAGAUGGUCUUCAUUUAUUAUUUUUGUUCGAGGUUUUGAUUUUUGAACCUGCAUUCUUUUCGAUAGUUGGAAUCUCGUUGUAUUUUUAAAAUCUAUAAAGCGAAAAGUUCAAUAUUGUUAAUGUUAGUUUUGCAAGUAUCUUUUCAGAUUUAAUCUUUUUUUGAAAAAAGAUUUUCUAAAAUAGAGAAAUAAAACAUAAAAUCUAAAGGAUAAUCUCUAAAACCCUAUCAAAUAUGAAACGUCUAUAAAAUUUAAUUUCAAAAUUCCAUAAAACUAGUCCUGGGUCCGGCAAAAUUUUUUAAAAAUCAGAGAUCCAUUUUUAUUUGAACUCAUGCAUCCAGAAUAUUUAAUCCGAUUCAAAAGUUGCCAGUUUUUAUAUAUGUAACUAAGUCUGAAAAUGCUUAUCAUUUUUCUUGAAAUCGGCCUCAAAAGGGCUUUUUCAUAAUGAAACUUCAAAAUAUACCCUCCAGACAGCUACCGUAUUUUCCUGCUCAAUUCCUUUCCUUCACUCGCCUUCUCUUCCAAUUUUCCUGGGCGGCAACAUCUUACACUUUUGAUGUAAUGUUAAUCAGUCAUUGUCAACUGGAAAUAGUGUUGUAAUUAGGGAAACUCAGAAAUGUUGACAAGGGAUAUGGUAGAAGUUGAAGAUGCGGUAGAAAUUAGUAGAUUUUUGAUUUAUUAUCCUUGAAAAAUACUUUUUUCGGGGAUCAUUUUGAUGUCAACGAGAUAUUUUUAAGGACUCGUUAGUUCUUUUUUUGGUUGUUAUCUAUGAACAUGUAUUCAGCAGAUACUUUUCGUAGAUAUCCGGUGGAAAAAUAUGAGAAAAAGGAAGGAGAUUUUGAGAUAAUUCUCAAGGGAUCUUUUUAUUUCAAACAAGCCACCCAGUUAUACACCACACUAAGACAAUCAUUGUCUCGUUUUACACCAGAAAAAAAAAUGAGGAUAAAAAACUUUUCGAGAAGUUUUCUCCAAAAAAUCUUCUCUAAAGAUGUUACAUUUCUAGAUAUAAAUCAAAAUGUGUUAAUGUGAUGAGGCACAAAACACAUAAAAUAUUUCAAAUUUUAUUAGAUUUUCUUGAUCUAUUUUUUGUUUCUAUUUUAUAUUCUCUUCCAAAAUAAAAUAAAAUAGAACUUUUUCAAAAAAUCAAAUAAAAAUUCUUCAAUAAAUCAAUUUCUAAAACGAUUUUCAAUAAAUUAGUUCUCCAAAUCUUCUGUUUUUCUUUCUAAUUUUUUUAUCCUUCAAAACCAACUGUUCAUUUUCAUUCUAACUUUAUCUCAUAAAUGAAUAAUCCAUCCAUUAUAAUUAUAUCAAUUUGACACCUGUCUUCUUCUUUUUAUCGAUUUUCUUUUAUUUUCAUUUUCAAAAACUUUUCAUAUUAAGAUGUUCAAAGUCUGAAAAUGUUGCCAUUUCUAAUUUUCUUCAUAUUCAAAAUAUGUAUCGUUUUGGCGUCUUUUGACGAUGGAUUUGGAAGUCCAAGAAGAAAUCAAAAUUAUGGUAAAAAAAAACACAAAUUGAUGGAAUUUGGGAUAUUAGAUGUGUAAAAAUAAGCAAAAUUUAUUUUUCUAGGUACACCAGCAGUUUCACCAAAUAGACAGAUUGAAUGCUAUUCUUGUAUGUCAAUGUCGUAUCAAAUGAGCUGGAGAUAUUUACAAGCAACAUAUGUUUGGCCAAAGGUAAUUUUUUGAAAAUUAUAACGAAAAAAAGGAAAUGGUAAAAUCGUAGAAUACACUUCUCUAUUUGAAAAACUCAAAAAUUGUUCACAAAAUUACGAAUUCUGACUUCAGUUUUCAUCAGAUUCCUUCGGGAAAAUUAGCGCCAAACACUACAGAAAAAGUAACAUGUUCAAGAUAAAUCAUAAAAACAAAUUUAGGUAUUCACUGAUCGUUGCCGUGAUCCAUACAAUGAACAAGGAAUUCCAAUAGUUUUAUGUAGCAGUGUUUGUAUUUCAAUGAUGGAACCAGAUAUUGAAGCUGGUGUAUUAAUUGGCUAUAAACAUAUACGGGGAUGUAUGGAUAAAGUAUUAAGAAAUGGCUUUAAUCAAACAGCAUUAGGAACACAUCGAUUUCAUCAAAAUGCACACCAAAAGGUAAACUUUCUUUUCAUUUUUUGUUUUUUUUUCAAACAAAACAUGUUUUUGUUUCAGAAUCAUUGUCGAACUCUCAGCCGAUCAGCCCUUUUCAAUCCAGCAAAAUCAAGUGAUCCUCCAGCAAUCGGAGAUGUUCAUCUUUGUUCAUGUUAUGGUAACAAAUGUAAUACUUAUCAUACUUCUUCAUCCUCUUCGAUUUUUCGAAUAUCCAUAUUUUUACUUUUGUUCUUUUUCACAUUUUUCUAA